AUGCCGGUUGAGGUAGUAGGUCUGUUAGGGGCGGCCUCCUCGCUGCUGUCUGGAGGCAAAGCUGCUGCUGCUGCUGCACUUGCUGGUAGCAGCAAGCCAGCAGCAGCAGCUGGUUUAUCAUUUUUAAAGGGGGGAGGUGUGGGGCAUUUGCUGCAUGCAAAAGGAACUGCUGCUGCUGCUGCUGCUGUUGACGGUACAGCAGGGGGCUGUCAGCUGCUAGCUAGUGCUGUUAAGCACAGCAGCGCAGCAGCAGCAGGAUCUCCUCCUUCUAUCAGCACAGCAGCAGCAGCAGCAGCAAAAACAACAACAACUACAGCUUCGGUAGGUGGCAGCAGCACCACUCCCCCUGCAGCAGCAGCAGCAGCAACAGCACUCUCCACGAAGUCUGCUUCUGCAGCAGCAGCAGCAACAAAAGGACAUUAUUUUGCCCUCUCUAAAUCUACUGCUGCUAGGGGGGCCCCCCAUCCCCCAGGGGGCUCGACCCGCAUGGGUGGGGGCCCCACCAGGGGCCCAGGUGCGCAGACAGCCCAGCGUCCUGGCGUAGGUGGUGCAACCCCUCAUUCUGUUGCUGCAAAGGGUGGGGCCCCACAAGUGAAGGGUAAAGGGGGCCCCCCAUCUGGGGCCCCCGCGGGGCCCCCCUUACCAGGGGAGAAGAGCGUAACAGUAACAAGGGACUAUGCAGAGCAGACACCUGCAGGUAUAUUACAUCAUAUAACAAGAACAACAACAGAGUCAAUAGACACCCUAGAGCCGCAGCAGCAGCAGCUGCUGCAGUUGCUGCUGCCUGCUGCUCUCCUUCCCGCCUCCAGGGGAGGGUACCCUAGGGGAUCCGGAUGUACUGGAGGCCCACGGGAUGGGGGCCCUAGGGGCCCCGGGUGUACAGGGGGCCCCCGGGAUGGGGCUCCCUGUACAGGGGAAGAAGAGGCAGACACCGUAAGCUACAGCGGGUUACCAGCAGGACCACCGCCACAGAAGCAGCAACAACAGCAGCAACAGCAACAGCAACAGCAGCAACAGCAGCAGCAGCAGCAGCAGCAGCAAAAGAGACUCAUUAGCAGCAUAAACAGGAGACGAAGAGUCCGCCGCAGCACAAUCGUAAGAAGAUCGGAGACUUAUGGAUCUUUUCUUUAA